AUGGCAACGCAACUUGUUCCUCUGCCGGAGGUAGAGCGUCUCAGCGCCUCGGUCAUCCGGAUUUUGGCGGGGAAUCCGGGGAAGUUUACCUUGCAAGGCACAAAUACUUACCUCAUUGGCCGCGGCCACCAGCGCAUUCUCAUCGACACCGGUCAAGGCGAGCCCGCAUGGGUAAAUAACCUGAACUCCGUGCUCUCCUCGGAAAAGGCCACAGUCCACCAUGCCUUGCUCACACACUGGCACGGUGAUCAUGUCGGCGGAGUUAAAGAUCUUCUGCGUCUUUGUCCACAGGCUAGUGUGUUCAAGUGCGAGCCUGACGAAGAUGAGGGUCAAGUGGGCAUUGUCGAUGGGCAGGUAUUCAGCGUCGAAGGGGCGACACUGAAAGCUGUGUUUUCACCGGGCCAUACGGAGGACCAUAUGGCUUUUGUAUUGGAAGAGGAGGAUGCCAUCUUCACCGGGGAUAAUGUCCUCGGCCAUGGCACUGCUGUCUUUGAAAAUCUGAAAACCUAUGUCUCUAGCUUACACCGUAUGCGCAACCGGGUUCAGGGCCGUGGGUAUCCUGGCCACGGCGCUGUGAUGGAGAAUGUUAAUACCCGGAUAUCGGAGUAUAUCAAACAUCGGAAGCAGCGGGAGGACGAAGUAGUGCGCGUCUUACGAUGGGGAAAGUUGGAUGUGAGUCCUGGAGAGCGAUCACCCGAGCCGAAGCGCUCAUGGGCACCGCUACAGUUGGUGAAGGUGAUCUAUAAGGAUGUGCCGGAGAAUCUGCAUCUGCCGGCAUCGCAUGGGAUUGGGCUGGUUUUACAUAAGUUGGAGGAUGAGGGGCGAGUGGUGCAUGAUUCUGAGUCUGGGGAGUGGAGGUUGAGUGAGAAGUCUGCGUUAUGA